CUCUCUCUCCGCGUGCGAACUUCCCCACCCGCACAUUCUUCUUUAGUUUUCUCUCUCUCUCUUAGCUGCCCACCGACAGCUUUCCCCCUGCAGAAAUUCAACCUCACCUUUUUAUCUUUGACCAAGCUUGCACUUAUCCAAGAAACAAAUAUCUCUCCCUCACGUCUUCUGCUUUCUUUAAUUUGCUUGGACGGAAGCAAACCUGCAGAAGCGGCCCCAUGAUUCCUCUUCUCCUCUACCAUGGUCGCACUCACGCAUGCCUCAUCCCCACCGAAGCCACCACUUGUCUGCAGCUCAUCUUCCCCGAGUCAAACCAGCGGGUUCUCCAGCGAAGCCUCCCUCAAUUUCUUCGCAUCUUCAUCAUCUGCUGCAGCUUCACUCACCGAAGCAUCCACCAGAGUCAAUCAACAGAGCCGGUUUGUUGACUUCUUCGCUGGCUCUCUUCCAUUCGGCCCACAACCCACCGAAGCAUCGCCCUUACACCUUCAGCUUAUGAAGCCAGCUUCUGCCGAGUCUACUCCAGCGAACUUCUUCCAGGACGUUGACUUUCGUGGCUUCUUGGACGUGCGCCCCUCCGCCAGCAACGCUAGCUGCCAUCCCCUCGUGCAGCUCGACUCCACCGAAUUCCCUCAGCCAAACAUCCGCGUGAGUUCCCCAACCGAAGCUGCUGCCUCGACCAUGUCUUCAGUUCCACCGAAACCCAGCAGCUCACGUCAUCUUCUCACCCGCGAGCUCAGCAGCUCUCCAGCGAAGCCCUGCGGGUCCAGCAGCUGCUUCCAUCUUUGCGGUUUCUUUGCUCAUGUCAGCCCCUCUCGAAGACGAGCCACCGAAGCAGCUUCAUCUUCACGUGUCUUCAGCGGAUUGAAUUCUUCAGCUGCUUCAGUCUUCACUCGCUCGUGCGAGCAGCCCAGCCACAAGUCCAACAGCCCAGCGAACUUCUCUCGGGCCCAAUUGAUGCCAAAGUUUAGUCCUCAAAGAUUCGCAGCAGUCCAGCAAUUUCAGCCCAUAAUUCUGUGAAAUCCAGCAAAUUCUUUUAAGGUCCAAGCCCGCAAAGUCAGGCCCACCGAAUCAGUGGACUCAGCCCAGCUCGAGCAGCGAGCUUGUAGGCCGAUUUCGGCCCCGAUUUGACCCCGGUUGGCGGACUCGCUUUGGAGAGAAUCGAGCCUUGUCGCGUGCUCGUCGAUUUGAUCCGAUCAAAUCUUUAAUCAAGACCCUGAGGAAAAGCUGAGGAGGAAGAACCUGAAGGGGAGAAAGUAUUUUGAAGUAGAAGAUGAUCCGAGAGGAUCUUGAGUACAACCUGGAUGUGGAUUGAGAUCCCAUCCCUUUGUGCACCCUGUCUUAGUGUAGAUAGGUGUGAGACUUUUAUGUUGUAAAUAGUAUUGUAAAUAUACUAUGAGUUGUCUGUUAAUGAAA